CCUACGGCAUUGGCGCCAGUGGUUUCUGAAUUCUGAUGCAUAUCCUUGCGUGAGAAGCUUCACAUCACUACUUACCAAUGGCGUUAUCGUUCUGGGUGUUUUUGUGUGCAACCGGUGUAAUCAAGAACGACUUCAUCAAACAGACACCACCCGGUCACACGAGGGCCCCCAAAUUGCCAUGCGGCCUGCGUUACUUAGUCCGAACUAUGAUGACCCGGCUCGAAGUACAUUGGAAUUUGUUGAUGACAGUGUUUACUAUGACGCUAUGUGCUUGUCCUUCAUCUGUUAUGUUUCACGGCUGGCCGUCUCAGCUGAUUCAGAUCCAACCACCGACUAUUGCCUGAUGUUUGUACGUUGUAGCGAAAUUCCGGUCGGAGAGUAAAUCUUGGAGAUCGUCAUCAGCGCUCAGACUGCGAGAGGGAAAGGCCGCUGUCACAAAGUUCGUGCUUGGAGUCCUA